AUGCCCGAGGAUGCUGCGCUCAGAUCAGAAACCGGACAGGUGGACGCGGAGGUGCUGAACGGCGACGCGAGCGCGGGACCGACAUGGCAAGCGGCAGUGCUCGCGAGCGUGCUGAUUUUCACGAGCGUGGUGGACGUGCUGGGGAACGCGCUGGUCAUCGUGUCCGUGCUGAGAAACCGGAAACUGAGGAACGCAGGUAAUGCUUUCGUGGUGAGCCUGGCAUUAGCGGACCUGCUGGUGGUGUGUUACCCGUACCCUCUGGUCCUUCACGCUCUACUGCACUCCGGCUGGCUGCCUGGCGAGACAGAGUGUAAAGUGAGCGGCUUUCUUAUGGGUGCCAGCGUCAUCGGCUCUGUCUUCAACAUCACCGCCAUUGCCCUCAACCGCUACUGCUUCAUCUGCCACGCCCGCACUUAUGCCAAAGUGUAUGGCCGAGGUGGCACUCUGGCUUUAAUCCUACUCGUGUGGGCUCUAACGGGCGUUGCCAUACUGCCUAAUCUUGCAGUGGGGUCACUGACAUACGACCCUCGCGUGUAUUCUUGCACUUUUAGCCAAACUGCGAGUGCCAGUUACACUUUCGCAGUGGUUUUUGUUCACUUCCUGUUUCCCAUUGCCAUCGUAACUUUCUGCUAUGCACGAAUCUGGAUACUAGUUCUAAACGUGAGACGGCGGGUAGCUAGCGACACAAGGCCCCGUCUCCGGCCAAGCGACGUCCGCCAUUUCCUCACCAUGUUCGUCGUCUUUGUGCUGUUCGCGGUCUGUUGGGCGCCACUCAAUCUGAUUGGCCUAGCUGUCGCCAUGGAUCCACCCAGAGUGGCGCCAAUGGUUCCCGAUUGGCUCUUUGUGGUCAGCUAUUUUAUGGCCUACUUCAACUCGUGCCUCAACGCUGUCGUAUAUGGGCUGCUCAAUCAGAACUUCCGGCGUGAGUAUCGAUGCAUCCUGAUGUCACUCUGCAAACCCCGCCUCUUUCUGCAGGACACAUCGAGGGGUGGAACAGAGCGAAGCAACAAGCAAUCACAGGUUAACAACAACAACGAGCAGGCAAAAGCCGAGACUAUGUAACGAUAAUUACCAGGAAUAUUAGUACAAUCCAUCCAGACUUUUCAAAUGAAAAGGACCUGAAAGAGAACGCCAUUUGUCCCAGUGACACGUUACA